AUGUGCAAUGUCGGCACGCGGUGGAGAGAUGAAACCAGGCCUGGCAGGCAUCCAGAAUAUACCCGGCCGACGGAGACCGGCCGUUCCAAGGAUCACCCCGGCGAAAGUCUCUCCGUGUCUCUCAUACGGCGAAUGGGUAUGUUACCCCGGUGCCUGGCCCUGGAUCAUUUUCCCCAGAAACACACACAACCCGGAUGCGGCAGGACCUGCGACAAAGAGUAUUCCAAGACAAACAUCUACGUCGGAAACCAGGUCCGCAAUGGGGACAGGGUUUCAGGCAUAUUACACGGGAUCAAAUCACACUCCGAGGCAUAG